AUGAAGCUCUUCCUUUCUUUUCUUCUGCUGGCCCUGGCAGCUGUUACGCAAGCUGCAAGCGCCACGGGCGAUCGCCUUCUGAGCAUCUGGGAGGAUGUCGAGGACCAGAAGCUCUACUCCAAGUUCGUAGGAGACCUGGAGAGGCGAGGGUACAAGAUCACACAUGCGACUCCCAAACAGGAGGACCUGAGGCUGGAUCACCUCGGGGAGAAGACCUUUGACCACCUCAUCAUCUUCCCAACAAAGUCAAAGGGACUCGGCCCCAACCUGACUGCCCAGAAGAUUCUCGACUUCCUCAACGCCGGCGGCAACAUCCUGCUUGCUCUGAGCGCCACGCAGCCCGUCCCCACCGCCCUGAACGCUCUCCUUCUCGAGUUGGACAUCCACAUCCCCGCCGAGCGAACCGGCCUGGUGGUUGACCACUUCAACUACGAUGCCAAGUCCGCCGCUGAUCUUCACGAUGUCAUCCUCAUGCCCACUCCCGGCGACUACCGAGACGACACCAAGAACUACUUCGGCAGCGGUGGAAAGAAAGACCUGCUCGCCUUCCCUCGCGGUCUCGGCCACACCCUGGGCAAUGGUCCCCUCCUGACGCCCAUCCUGAGGGCGCCCCGGACAGCCUACAUCUACAACCAGAAGGAGCAGUCCGAGGUUGUCGACGAGGUCUUUGCUGCCGGCGAGCAGCUCUCGCUCGUUUCCGCCUUCCAAUCCCGCAACUCUGCCCGCUUUACCGUCGUGGGCUCCGCCGAGAUGUUCCAGGACAAGUGGUUCGACGCCAAGGUUAAGCUCCCCAGCGGCAGCGAGGCUGUCACGGCUUGGAACCUGCAGUUUUCCCGACGCGUCAGCGCCUGGACGUUCCAUGAGAUCGGACACCUGCGCGUCAACCACGUCGAGCACCACCUGGCUGAGGAGGGUCCGCUGGCCAACGUGUCUAACCCAUCCAUCUACCGUGUCAACAACAAUGUCACAUAUGAGAUCUCCCUCUCGGAGUGGGUCUGGGACAGGUGGUGGGACUUCAAGGUCCCCGAGGGCGAUGAGCUACAGCUCGAGUUCAGCAAGCUGUCCGCCCUGCACCGCAUUCCCAUCAAGAAGAUGAAGCGUGCCUCGUCCGAGACCGCGGGCAUCUUCCGCGUGACCUUCAGGGUUCCCGACCACCACGGCGUCUACAACUUCAUAACCAACUAUAAGCGCCCAUUCCUGUCCAACAUCGAGGAGAAGCACUCCGUGACCGUCCGCCACAUGGCCCACGACGAGUACCCCUACAGCCACGAGAUCCCUGCCGCCUGGCCCUACCUUGCCAGCAUUGGCGUUACCUGCGUGGGCUGGCUGGCCUUCGUCGCUAUUUGGAUGUUCAACAAGCCUGCACAGCAGGCUGCUGACGCCAAGAAGAAGCAGUAG